AAAAAAAUAAUAAAAAAGUCAAGCCGCCAUUUUGGAAAUUUUUGAUGUACGCUUGGUGCAAGAAAAGCUGAAAAUUCUGUGGAAUUACAGCGGUUUAAGGUGGAAAAGUGCGCUAUAUUUGUGCGUGAAUCAAUAUUACGGCGUCCAGGGUAGUGAUUUGUGGUGGAAUUGUGGCAAUAGCCGCUGAAAAUAGUGUGGUGUACCCCGUGCGACUCCAUUUCCCAAAAGCCAAGGGAGAAGAAAAAAAAUCUCUUGGCGUUUUCUCUGCAUCGCCGUCGUUUGGAUUUCCGGAGGAGCCGCAUUACCGCGGGUAACGCAUUUUCUGUGCCGCCAUAAGGUUCUCAGUGGAUUUUUGGGCCAUCUGCGGCUGUGAAUCCUUUGCGGCCAGGACCGCGUCUGUUCGUGAGUGUGUGUGUGGAUAAAGUCGGGAGGUGGAGAAACAGAGGAGACGCGCCAUUCCGUACUUGGCAGAGACGACACAGCGCGUGGAGCCAUAUUUUCCAUUUAGCCGGACUCACAGUGAUACCCCCCCGCUGAAUUGGUUGCAAUUCCAAUUAUAUUUUUGCGAAAGGUAAGUAAACGAAUCCGCUACUUAAGAAAAAAAAAAUUUUCACAUCAUUCUCCGCGCUUAGCUAUCAAUUUAUUUAGUAGACCUUACCUUUCCCGUCUCUGCGAAAGGUGAAGUUGAAAAAAAAAGCCCCAGCAAAUAAGCUUUGUUGUAUUGUGGGCUCCUCUCUUUCGCGCACAUUCGCCUCGGUUUCUUACAAAUGGGAAUUGACCAAGAGAAGUGAUUCAAGUGAGCAUCGUGGCGUAAUUUCUCUUCUCCAAACCACGAUGUGAUGUGGAGAGAGAAAAAUCGUCGUCUCCUAUCCCUCCUGUCUCUUUAAUAUAUUCAUCAUCAACUCCCGGAAAGCCAUUGUUGCACGCUGGCUUCGAGACGCGGUGCAGGAAGCGAGGAAUGGUUUUGUGGAUGGGAAAAGACAAGAUGUGUGUGAGGUAGAGCGAGAUGGAUUGAGAAAAAAAGUGUGAAAAUGUGGUUGUGAGUCACGAAUGUAAAGGCAAGGAGAAUCGGAUGAGGAGGGCAGGAGAAAAAGCGAAAUAUGCCGGUCGAAUGAAUUGAAUGGCGCGCACUUUUCGUGUCUCUCGAUUCCACAUUUUAUUUCACUUUUGCCUCCGCGCGCUUGUUCUCUCUUGUUGUUUUCAAAAAAAGGGGGAUGAUUUUCCAGUAUUCCUCACUCACUGACAUGGUUAGUAGCACAUUUUCGGCGGGCACUCCCUCACCUUCACGUGUCACACAUGUCUCGGGUUUCGCCCUAUAUUCACAGCCAACAGAGAAAUCCAUCGCGGUACCUCUUGGUAGGCAAAGAAAUCAAAUUUGCAUAAGAAGACGACCCGUUUUCACUGAGGUGUUGAAUUUUAAAAUGAAAAAAAAAAUUAUGUGGUGCUACACGGUUGUUAAAAAUAAACCAUUGUGCAUAUUAAAAUAUUAUACUGUGUGCAAAUUAAUGUAUUUAUUAGGUAAACUCUUUGAUAUUGAAAGCACAAUUUAGCAUUCUUAUUAAUUGAUAGGUUACUACUCUUCUAUUUAUAAAGAAAAUUUGGCAAUUUAGUUCUUAUCUAUAUUUUCUAGGACAUUGAAGGUCACUCAUUACCUAUAUUUGACUUUUUGUUAUACAAAAGACGAUAAAAAACUCUUCAAAAAUUAAAAAUAUGCAUUCAAAUUUCUCUAAGUACAUCUAAUUUAAUAUCUACAUAGAGUUUGUAAUAGUAAAACUCAACAUAUCUAUAUGUAUAUAAAUCACAGCAGAAAGUUGCAAGUUGAAUGAACAACUAAACCGUUAAUUGUCUAAAAGUCUCUUAAAAAAGUUUCGUAAUUCACCACAUUGACAGCAUAACAAUAUAAGAAAAGCAAAAGAAAAGUAACGAUAAGUAGGGAAUGGUAAAAGACCGACAAAAAGUACAUUAUAUUACAAACGUGGAAGUGAGAGAAAUGGAGAAAGAGAUAAAAUAUGUCUUGAGGAGAGAUUGCCUAAACGUCUUUUUCCUCUGACUUGUGAGUUUGAAUGUUAAUUUAUUCAGUGAGAUGUGAAUUUGUGUAGUAAAGGUGUUGUUGUUGGUGCUAUUGCAAUUUGGAUUAAAUACAUAAAAAUCACCAAGAUGAAUAAUGCUGAAAGAAAGAAAAAAGUCAUUCAAAAUUUUCUGCGUUGUACUGACAACAUACAAAAGGCGUCAAGGAGUGAAAUGAUUUUGUUGUUGUCGCUAAAGACACUAAAAGCGGCACAAUGAGGGGAACAGCACGUCGAAAAUAACCCCUUCUAUUUGAUUAUUAUCAUCCAACAUAUUUGUGGAAUUGCAAAAACUUUGCAAAUCUUUAAAGUUGGAGGAAUUCAAAUCAGUCAAAAUUUGUGUGAAGUGGUUUUGAUUCCUUGACUUUGCAAAUGUUGUGUCUGUCGUCAUUGCAUUAGCAAUUCCUUGGCACAGACACACACACACAUAGCACACGCAUAAGUGAAGCUCUUGAGAGCGUGAGAAACGUAAAAAAGGGAAAAGUAUCAAAAGUGUGUUUAUUUCUCGUAGGAAGGAAGGAAAGAAGUGAAAAGGGGAAGUAUAGAAGAGUUGUGUAUAAAGGAGAAAAAAAAAACUUCCCUUAAAGUGUAUUUUUUUUUAUUUUGUGAUUGUGAUUUUUUUCUUUCCUCUCUUAUCCUCUUUUCCACGAACAUCCAGUGAGAAAAUAAAGAGGAUUUUGAAAUUAAACAGAAAAAAAGAGAAGCAUAAAAGCUGUGUGAACUUGUAUGACAAUCAACAAUAGAUAUAUAUUGUAAUUUAUAUUACUAACAAGUGAGCAAAGUUUGUGUUUCUGAAGAGAAGAGUAAAAAAAAAUUAAAGAAACCAACAUCAACUAGUUAAGCACUUUCUAUUGUGAAAAAAAAAGUGUAGUGAUGGAGAAAUCAAUGAUGUUGCCAAAACGUCAACGACUCGAUGUUCGUGGUCCAAUUGCAAAUGGACCAAUGCAGCCUAGGCCUCUUGUGGCACUAUUGGAUGGUAGAGACUGCUCCAUUGAAAUGCCAAUUCUCAAGGAUGUUGCCACUGUCGCGUUUUGCGAUGCACAGAGCACAACGGAAAUACACGAAAAGGUGUUGAAUGAGGCCGUUGGUGCUCUCAUGUGGCACACAAUCAUCCUUACAAAGGAGGAUUUGGAAAAGUUCAAAGCUCUUCGGAUUAUUGUGCGCAUCGGCAGCGGGGUGGACAAUAUUGAUGUUAAGGCGGCCGGUGAAUUGGGGAUUGCUGUGUGCAAUGUUCCUGGUUAUGGUGUCGAAGAGGUGGCAGAUACGACACUUUGUCUCAUAUUGAAUCUGUACCGAAGAACGUACUGGUUGGCAAAUAUGGUGCGAGAGGGUAAAAAGUUCACUGGACCAGAACAAGUUAGGGAAGCUGCCACAGGUUGUGCCAGAAUCAGAGGGGACACCCUGGGUAUUGUUGGUCUGGGUCGAAUUGGCAGUGCCGUGGCUCUACGUGCAAAGGGAUUUGGCUUCAAUGUCAUUUUCUAUGAUCCAUAUCUUCCUGAUGGCAUUGAAAAGUCACUUGGUUUAACCAGAGUUUACACCCUCCAAGACUUACUUUUCCAAUCGGAUUGUGUCUCACUCCAUUGCACACUUAAUGAACACAAUCACCAUUUAAUCAAUGAAUUCACCAUCAAACAGAUGAGGCCAGGUGCAUUUUUGGUGAAUACAGCACGAGGUGGUUUGGUAGAUGACGAGGCGCUGGCAUCAGCCCUAAAACAAGGCAGAAUCCGAGCAGCUGCACUUGAUGUGCAUGAAAAUGAGCCAUAUAACGUAUUCCAGGGUGUUCUCAAAGACGCUCCAAAUAUUCUUUGUACGCCACAUGCCGCCUUUUAUAGUGAAGCCUCCGCGUCUGAACUCAGAGAAAUGGCAGCCACAGAAAUUAGGAGAGCAAUAGUGGGCAAUAUUCCAGAGUGUCUUCGGAACUGUGUCAACAAGGAGUAUUUCAUGAGGGCCCCAUCGGCCGCCGCUGGCUACACUGAAGGCAUUAAUGGUGGCUACUACUCAGGUGGUCUGCAGCAGGCACAUAGCACAACGCCCCAUGAAACACCUCACAGUGCUGGGCCACAUGCACCACCAACUGUACCUCCGCCGCAAACGGUGCCCCCACCACCUCCUGUCGCAGCGGUCACAGCUGCACCUCCAACUGGAAUUCAGCACGGACUUGUGAGCAAAUCGCCGCUGAGUGCUCCGGAUCCCAGCAAUCACCAUGCUACGAAGCCGGAGCCCUCGGAAGUCCAUUAGCUCAUUCCUCAGUAAAAAAAAAGUUCGGUUGACAGCAGUUGAAGCAUUAGCGAUGAAUAAAAAAAAUUAAAAAAUUGAAAAAAAAUGGUAAGUGUAUCGUCCACCACCUCUACAUUGUAUAUUCAAAAACAAAAUAUUCAGAGUAUAACUACAAAAAAAGAAGAGAACGUAUGAGGAAAAGAAAUUGACGUUGAUCAUCCAAAAAAAAAGAUCGCGUUGUUGCGAGAAUUUGCAAAUGUUUCAGCAGUUUUUGUAGUAUAAAAUUGCAGAUCAACAAAGUUUAUUGAUAUACACCUUUGUUUGUUUAUUUGGAGCAACACACUGAGAGCCAGAAUGAAAUUUAAUGUGACCAUUCAGUAAUGAUAAUUAAAUUUUCAUUAGAAGCGUCAUUAAAAAAAUGAAAGCGACAAUUGAGCAAGGAAAAGCCACGAUGUAAAUUUCGUUGGCACAUUAUGUUGAUUCUUUAUUUUUAACAAUAAUUUUCAUUACAUAUAUACAUACAUUUUUUAAUUUUUUUUUUUGAAUUUAUUACUCUAGAUAUUGUAAUAAGGAAUGAAAGGAUAAAAAUGAAAAAGAAAAUACUAUUAUACACAUAGAAUAGUAGAUAUUAUAUCUUGAUAAGAUAUAAAUUUAACUACCUAUAUUGAGAUUUUAAGUGUAGAAAGAGAUGCAAAUGGAGAAUAAUGUCGUAGACUUUGAAGAAAAUGGCAAAAGAAGAAAUUUUUCACACGGAAUUGAUGAAGUUAAAAAGAUGGGAAGAAUUUUUCUUCCACACGGGACGUGUUUUUUCAUGGAAUUUGAUAGGCAAAAAAAUUUGUGUAUUUAGAAAAAUAUUUGAAUGAGAAAAUCACGAAGUACAUUGCACUGUGGUAAUUGGAGAAAAGAUUUUUAAAUUAUCACAAAAAAGUAAUUUUACAUAAUAAGGAUAAUAAAGAGAGA